GUGUAACAUGAUUCAAAGAUCAGUAUGAAAUGACAUUAGAAUCAUAAUGUAUAGCAAAAGGAGUAAUGUUUUACUAGUCCAACUAAUACCAUUAAAUUGAAUAAAGUUACCUUGAGUUUGUAACUCAAGUUUGUUUAUGAGUGAAGGAAGAAGACCCUUAUUCAAUUGUUUUCCGUGAUCCUCUCUAAAUUCCUAAAAUCUCAUGUAUUCCCAUAUUUGUAGCUAUAACACAAACUCUCUCUCUUUGUAUAUCUGCAUCUCAACCUUUCUGUUCUUGCUAUUUUCUUUUUUCUUUUUUAUUAUUUUUUUAUAUUAUAUCUGGUAGCAUUUUAUUUUACAAAACUAGAUUAAUUUCCAAUAGGCUCCUAUGGGUUAACAAAACAAAAAUUAUCAAAUGACUGAACACAAGGUUUCAUCUUUUCUAUCUUUUCACCUGGGAAUAUAAUUCCAAAACCUCAGAAUAUUUCAACAGAUAAAAACAAAUGCAUUUGCAUUUCAUGAGCUGAAACUUGAAAGGAACAUCAAAGGUCAGAUUUCUACAGCUUCAGGGAUCAGUUUUUAUAAUUUCUCCUGCCAAUUACAUAAAUCUUUUGAUUGAGUUUUCUAAAGGUUUUUGCAGAUAAAGAGGGGGUUGAGAGAAAAAGGGGUUUUAGGGUUUGAAGAAAUUCAUUGAUUCAAAGUUGUUCCUCUCUUUCUGCACAAGAGAGGAACCCUCUGCAGAAUUCUGAUCAGAGACUUUGAAGAAAUUCAUUGAUUGGAAGAGCAUUUGUUCCCAGGAAAUGGGUUCAAUCUCUGGGGAAGAAUCAUAUAAGCCUCAAUCAAAUGACAAUGGUUUAAAUGCAAAUGAAGAGAAGAUCUUUGUUGCUAUCCGGUUGAGACCUCUGAACGAAAGAGAGCUUUCAAAGCAUGAUGUCUCAGACUGGGAAUGCACCAAUAACACCACUGUCUUGUUUAAGGAUAAUCAUAAUGUGGGCGAACGUUCAUUGCUUCCCACAACAUAUCAAUUUGACAGGGUAUUUGGGUGGGAUUCCUCCACAAGGCAAGUUUAUGAAGAAGCUGCAAAAAAUAUAGCUCUUACCGUCCUAACUGGGUUUAACUCAAGUAUCUUUGCCUAUGGGCAGACAAGCAGUGGAAAGACAUACACCAUGAACGGGAUUACUCAACUCGCAAUGGCUGAUAUCUUUGACUAUAUAAACAAUAAGCAUGAAGAGAGACGAUUUACCCUGAAGUUCUCUGCUUUGGAGAUCUACAACGAGUCUGUGAGGGACCUCCUAAGCUUGGAUACUACUCCACUCAGACUUCUUGAUGAUCCAGAGAAAGGAACUGUUGUUGAGAGGCUUACAGAGGUGACAGUGAGAGAUUGGAGGCAUAUAAUAGAACUCCUGUCCAUCUGUGAAGCACAAAGACGAAUAGGAGAAACCUCUAUGAACGAAAUGAGCUCAAGGUCUCACCAGAUUCUGCGGCUGACGGUUGAAAGUUGUGCCAACCAACCUUUUCGUUCUCAGAACAAUAGCAUUUUAUCAGCUUCAGUGGAUUUUGUUGAUCUUGCAGGAAGUGAGCGUUCUUCACAAACAUUAACAGCAAACACACGAAUCAAAGAAGGUAGCCACAUAAACCGGAGUUUGCUGGCCCUAGGAACAUGUAUUCGUAAACUAAGCAAAGGAAGAAAUGGGCAUAUUCCAUAUAGAGACUCCAAGCUAACACGUAUACUGCAGAAUUCGCUAGGAGGGAAUGCUAGAACUGCGAUUAUCUGCACCAUGAGCCCUGCACACAGCCAGGCCGAGCAGUCAAGAAACACUCUCAUGUUCGCGACCUGUGCCAAACAAGUUUCUACCAAUGCACAUGUUAAUAUGGUGAUGACAGAUAAAGCAUUGGUGAGGCAAUUGCAGAGUGAAGUGGAAAGACUGGAAACUGAAGUGAGGAACUUAGCUGCAUAUACCUCGCCAGCAAUGAAGGAGAAGGAAGCUCUUAUAGAAAAGAUGGAUAAAGAAAUCAGGGAGUUGAUGCGACAGCGAGACACAGCUCAAACUUGGAUUCAGGAUCUGUUACAUUCAAGACCAUGGGCUGAAAUGUCUGAAGCUUCAGAAACUCCAGACUAUCAGUCAGCAUCAGAUCCUUCAGAGAUGGUUGGUUCUUUUAUUUCAGAUAUUACAUCUGGAAUAUCACAUUUUACAGACUCAUUUGAUGAUAGUUUUGAUGAGCUACCUGAUGACCUCUUUCUCUCGGGAAGCACCUCUCCAAGUAUCUAUAUUGAUAAGUAUUUUGGUCCCGACCCAUGUAAGGGUUGGGAGAAUACUGGCCAUGAACAUCAUCAGAGUUUCGAUGAUAAUUGGAAGGAAGUUCAAUGCAUUGAAACAGAUCCUAACACAAGAACCAUGGGUUCCUAUGAAGCAUCACCCCCUGAAGAGGGACAUCAGAAGUGUGUGGAGGCAAUGCCACUAUCUCCUAGAGAUGAAACAGAUAAUGUAAAUGUGGAGGCAACAAAUGAACCUAAAGAAGACUUCAAUGGAAGACAGGAAGAAUGUAGCAGAAGACAGGAAGAACGCGAUGAGACAACUCAGUUAAUGGGUGCUACUACAGCAAGUCAACCAUGUUUUGCUACAUUACUAAACGAAGAAUCUAAGACUAUGCUUGAAAAGAAACUUUGCAGUAGUACAAAAGAUGCCAAACCUAACUCAGAAAAGCAACUUUACCAAUUGCUAUAUGAAGCAGAAGAAAUACACAAGGAAUUCUUUGCACAAGUAGCAGGUGAGGGUCUAGCUAUAGCAACUGGUUCCCACCAAACUCCUUCCUAUGGGUCAAUAGAAUUUGAGAUGAAGAUGAAAGAAGUAAUUGAGCUUUGGGAUGAAUGCUAUGCACCAUUGGUCCAUAGAACCUAUUUCUUCCUUCUCUUUAAAGGAGAUCCCACAGAUUUGGUCUAUAUGGAGGUGGAGCUUAGACGUCUAUAUUUUCUCAAGAAUAGAUGGUCUCAGGGAGCUGAAGUUGUCACAGAUGGUCAAGUUUUAACAAAACCAGAUAGCAUUAAAACACUCAAGCAGGAGAGGAAGAUGUUGAGCAGGCAGUUGCGGAAGAAGUUAGGAAGAAAGGAGAGAGAGGCAUUGUUCCAGAAAUGGGGUAUUGAUGUAAAAACAUAUCAUAGAAGACGCCAACUAAGUGAAAUGCUAUGGAAGGACACAAAAGAUAUGGAGCAUAUCCAGGAAAGUGCAGGCCUUGUUGCAAAACUAGUUGGACUCGUAGAGCCAAGUGCGGCCCCCAAGGAAAUGUUUGGACUCAGCUUUGCACUUCAACCUAAGAAACCUCGCAAGACUUUAUUGAGCUAUGGCACGUCAUGGCUAUAUGGAAGCAAGGAAUGAUAUGAAAUUAUAGAAAACUGGGGGCACAACUUCAAUGUACAGGCUAAAAUACUAUCCCUUACUGAACAACUGUUCUCAUACCAGCAAAAUGCUGAGAAAUCACCACAAGCUCUGUACAGUCAAUAGUCUAGUUUUUUCAUAAAAAGUAAUACUACACGUACUCCCAUUUUCUACUCAA